CUCACGAUGUUCCUUUUCGUGCCGCUGCUCAUCGCAACAAUGACAGCAGGCCACGCGGCAGAUGACUCGAGCGCAUCAAUGCCGUUUGCCUGGCCAACGCGUGGUGAGGCAAUCCCUGCUGUCACGACCUUCGUCAAAGACGAACACAGGAGGCCAAACUUCCUUGAAUUUGGCAAUGACACCGGGGGGAGCGGAGUCAACGACGAGCAAGAAGCGCGUGGCGCCCUCUUGAGGGUCCUCAGGUACAUGCCAUCGCCUGUGUGAGAAGUGCAUGGGUUGGUUCUCUCUCUGAUACAUCGUAUGUGAUUCUUCCCCUGUAGCUUCUGCGACGCCGUACCACCACUCUACGAGACUAAGCACUGGGCCAAAUGCAUCUGUAAGGUGCCGGGAAGUCCUGCAUGCACUUAUCGCACUGCUGUCUUGAACCGAUGCAGGCUUCCGGAAGCUGGCGAACGGCCGAAGUGGCGCUGUAGGCAUGCAUACAUGCAGAGUGGUCCACAGAUCUCUCUCUCUCUCUCUCUCUGUGUGUGUGUGUGUGUGUGGGUGUGGGUGUGUGUGUGUUGUGUGUUGUGUGUGUGUGAAUGAGGAGGAGGUAGACCCAAACGACAAUGAUACGAUACAGAGGCACUGCGAUUCUGCUGACUAUCGGUUCCCUUUCUACCACGGCUCCUUCGGUGUGGUAUUCUUCGUCAAUGUCCACCCAGGUGUGGGUUGGUGCACGACUUGCUGCUGGCGUCCCACGAUAUGUUUUCCUGCGGCUGGCCUGCAGCUUCUCUGCCCGAUAACAAAGUACUGUGGUACUGGGAUUCCAUGACCAACAAGUGGACCAUUCUCGACAAGAAACUCAAACUAGCAGCGAAGGAAGGUCUGAGCGAAGCAUGGAGAGGGGUAAGGUGGGAAAUAAAUUUGACCUUGCAGGAGAAAUUUCGUAAGGCACCUUCAACGUCCCUCCCUGCUCUCGGCACAUGCUUCUCUCUCUGUCUGCUUGGAUUCACGGCCUGUACAUGCCUGCAGGGACGAUAGACAUGUGGGAUCACAUUCGAGACGCAAUCGGGCGGCGCUCAUUCCCGCCGAUUCCCCGUGUGUACCGCUUGAUGUCCGCUGAGCGCGGGGCGACAUCCGACGAGCUGGAGCACCUCGCCAUGAUGAUGGAGUUGAUGCCGGGAUACUUCCUGAUGGAGAGGAUACACGGGAGUCAGUGGGACGACAUCAUGCCCUUGUUCGACUUACGCUCGGUACGCACAUGCCCAUGUCUGCGUGUGUCUCCUUGCUCCCCCCGGGGCGGAGAGAGUCCAUCCAUUGCCAGGUGAGGUGCAUGCGAGUGAUGUCUUGAGUGAAUGCAAUCAAUGCAGCAUGUGCCGGAGGAGGGAUGGGUGGUGAGCUUGGCGAUUGCCAAGGUUCUCCAGGACAUUCGUGCCAACCUUCAGCAGCACUGCGACCUCCACGAGGGGCAGCUCUUCUUCCGCGAGUACAGCCAGCCGCCGUCACAAGACAAAAGGGAGUAUCUCGCGAUACCCAAGGGAGAGGGCGUCAAAGGAGACUAUGAUAGGGUAUUCAAUACUCAGCCAGGCUAAGCUCGAAUGAGACACAGGAGUGAGCGGUCGGUCACAUGAAAUUUGGAUGGAUCUCUGUCUGUCUGUGGUCGUGUGUCAGUAUAUCGGUCUUACUUAUAAGGACAUCGUGAUCUAUGAUUGGUCCUUCUCGCGCAACUACUAUCAGUACAGAGCUGUCCGCCUGCGGCUGACCAAGGGCAUGCUGAAGCCCAUGCCACAAUACGGAUACCCUAGGGACGCACCCUGCUGCUUCUUUGUCGAAGACUCGCAACUACUGGGGUGGGUCGAUCAGCUGAAGAGACCAUCAGCCAGGCAGCCAUGCAGCCAGCCAGCAGAACUUCUCGUGUGCCACUGGCUGCAGCAUUCCGUACCAGCUGGUGAGCAGAUAUGGCGGGAUUUCUGACUUGGAGCCGUUCGCUCUCGGUGUGCGGAUUGAGCUCGAAAAGAGCUGUCUGGGUGAAAUCCGCUACCUGUCGGGACCUGACAAUGUGUUCGAUGUGUCGACUCUACGCGCCCCCGCCCCACAGCAUCCGACAGCUCCGAACCCUGCCACACUGACCACGGGCCAGGUAACUAAGCGAUUUGGUGAUUGCUAUUGUUUUCACCUUCGCUGCCGUCCGUCCUUUGUGUGUUGCUGUGGACGCCAGGGGCUGUGCACCUGGGGGCAGCAGACACGGCUUGCUGAGGCUAUGGUGUACAACUUCCAGGCCAUAUUGGAUGCAUACGACAGGAAGCGGGCUAAGGAAACCGACUGGACAGUCACCAUCAUGCAGAAGCACGACAAUACGGUUUUUCAGCAGAAGCACGGGAGCGCCUGGGUGAAGACGAAGUAGAAUGAAGGACAGCUUGGAUGUGGUGUGUGGGUCAUCCACCCACAUAGGUGGUGGGCGGAUGCAAUCAAUGCAUGGAUACAGCUUGUUCACGUG